ACCUGCGUAGGUGUGGGAGAGCAACGAUUUCUAUGAAUAAAGAUGGUGUAUACCUAUACAUCAGGGGUAUCUGUGUGCGUGCGCACGCGUAUACGUGUGUCAGGUGGCGACUGUCGCUUCAGGAACAACGUUGCGGAGGGCAAAGGCCGGGGAAACGCGGCGGCAAAGUGCGGCGAGGGUUGAGGGAGGAUGUAGCAAGAGAUGCUGGUAUAGAGAGGAAGAAACAGGAGGUGGUAUGUAUGCGUGUGGUCGUUAGUGCACGCGUAUAAGUGCGAGCGAGGGGGACCCGAAUGUGUGUUAGUGUUUUACCUUACUUCGGGAAUACGUCAGGAAAGGGCAGGGAAUGAUGUGUUACCUGGGGAAAAAUAAGAUGUAAAAGAAGAGAGAGAUGAGUCAACAUGGAUGUGAGAUUACAGAUGCCACGUUCGGAAUUUCGAGCUCCGUGAAGACGUCGCAUCAUUUUAAAUGCCAUUGCGUGGAAUUGACAGGGUUUAUGGGAGGGUCUCGUCUUCUAUUAUUUGACGUGACACGUGGCCAAUAUGUUUCGUUCUCACGUCUAUCGUGGAAAUAUAUUUCGACGGAGUUUUGAUCAAUUUCUCGUAAAACUAUACAGCUAGAAAACUUGAUUGUUUUAUACAUUUCAGGUGAAAUAUCAUGAAUAUAUAAAAUGCGCAUAUUCUAUUAGAUCUCAUUAUUAGCAAAUAGAAUAAGAGAAUACCAGAAAAAGAUGAUUGAUUGUCAGCGAUUUACUUGACAGCUGCAGACGAUAAAAACUAAAUAUAUUCAUAGCAAACACAAUGAAUUAUUUAUCAGGAUUCAUCAGUAAAUUAUCUUGCUUACCAUCUUGUAGUCUCUUCUUCUAGCUACGUUACUGGAUUCACCCGCACACAGCUAUACCCUACUCGUCUGUAUACGGCAUGCACACCAUGCACGUGCACACAAUAUACACGGCAAGAGCAAGCAAGAGGGAAAGAGAGAAGGCAAGCUCCGACAGUCGGUGGGAGUCCGAGGCAGCGGAUGCAGUAGUGAUGGCGGCUGCGUUGGAUGUUUAGCCUGGGCAGGCCAGGUCGAAGGAGAGAAGGAGGCGGACGAGAGGCAGGUGGGAGAGAAAAAGAGAAGGAGAGAGAAAGAGAAAGAGCCAGAGUUGGAAUGGAAAGACAGCCAGGUUGCUCGACGAGGUGGCAGGGAUGAGGGGUGACGAGGCAGGGAAUGGCUUAGCCUGGCGCUGCCUCGAUUGUAACCACGAGCUGAGUGUUGAAAGAGCAACCGUGAGUCCCGUUGGCCCUGGUGGUCACCCGCACCGGGUUUGAAGCAUCAUGAAAGCGCGCCAGUCGACCGAGUGCACCUACGUCCUCGCGAAAGCACGCUGAACGCUUCGCUUCUUCCGGGCCUUCUUCGUCAACUUCGCGCCUUUAUCUAAUUUGGGAGCUCGACGUAGACACAGCGGCUGCGAACCUCUCAGGGAUCUGCCCAGGUGUUCCUCGGGGACUAGCCCAGGUGUUCUUCGGGAUCUCAGGAUGACAGACGGAUUAAUAGUGGCUUUAUCGAUGAGCGAGAUCGCGAAUUUGUUCCUUUCCUCGUUAAAAAAUCGUGAUUCGAGGCGGAUGUUCGAUUGAUUGAUUGAUAACAGAAAAAAGACUCAGCGUGUGCGUUUAUAGAAAGUUGGUGUUGUUCGAUGGUGUUUUCAUUUGGAAUUCGAGUCUUUUUAUAUUCUACGAUGAUGCGCGCGUAUAUAUAGCGAUUAAUUUAAAUAAAUGUCUAGGGAGCGGCAAGGACAAUGGCAUCGAAACGCUUGGAUGGCUGCUUCUUUGUUAAGUAAGACGGAGCAUUUGACAUUUCUCCUUUCUCAUGGGGAUUCCUCGACGGAUCGUUCAGGAUAAUUUCGUGUCGUUGACUUGACGUUUCUCGCGCUAUAGAUCUUCUCACGAGUAAUGUCUCGCACGUGAGAAUAACGGAAGGAAGUUUCUUCUGGACGUAUGAAAUAACAGAACAAUUUAAUCCGCUCAUAAUCCGGCCAUAACUUAUAUUCCGUGUCACAUUUCCGCGUCGUGUUCCGUCUCAUGUGCUUGGACUCGUAAUAUUUCUCUUUGGUGAUAUUAGACGAAGCUGUAGCGAGAUAUAACAAAAAUUCCGUUGACUAGAUACACGUACAAAUAUGGUACGCACAAAAAACCGCGGUUGAAAGUCGUAUUGUCAAAUGACAAGUAAAUAUCAGCGCCAAUAAUACACGAAACCAGGAACGUAGCAGUAAAUGUAAGGAGGGAUCGAUUGGACCGACCCUUCCUUGGGAACAAAAUCACACGUUUCCGAUCACUGAACAAUCUCGCGGCUAUUUCCAGUGUUUUGUGAAGCUUGCUUCGUUACCUCAUUGUUGUCACAUUGACCGCGCCGAAGGGCGCCACCCCUGCAGUUCGUUAUUCCGUUCCGCACAUUGGAGUGCUCAAAUUGCAAAGUAACGAAGGGAGGAAAUUAAUCCAGUCCAGAAAUAGUCAGUUCACGUUCCGUUUUGCGAAUAGAUAGACGAGAGAGAAGGACAAGAAAGUUAAAUAAAUAAAUAGAAAUAGUGCAAUUCUGUAUCGUCUUUUUUCUUCGAGAGAUUCAGCUAGAUACAUUAAUAUAUUAGAUGAUUUCUUUACGUCACGUACUUCAAGGAUAACGUGAAGGAAAACAAAGCUGUCUGAUCUUUAAUGAGCGAAGGAACCGGUAUUCUGCUGAACAACAUGAAGAAAGGCAGAAUGAAAAGAUGCGAUACGCGCACGAGGUAAAGUAAAGGCAACUAUUCUUUGCUAAUAUAAUUAUUUAUGUAUAUACUAAUUGUUGAAAUAUAUUUUCAACAUUAGAUAGAUGUCAAAAUUUAGAAAAAAGUUUCAAUGGGAGUAAAAAAUAUGAAGAAUGUAUGAAAAUAUACUAGAAAAUUUAAUAUCUAUAUAUGUAUAUCAAUUACUGUUCGUUUUAUAAAGAAAUUUCCUACACAAAGAAAAAGCGAUACAAUCAAAAUUAAGAAGCAUUCCACGAUUGGACACAUAUUUAAAAGAUAAGAAAAUGUACGCAACGAAGCCGAACCAUCUAAAUUUGUGAGAACCGUUCAGCAAUUAGCAUGUCGAAGCGGAAUUGAAUGAAGCGUGAGCGUUGAGAUACAGAGGAAAGCGAGUGAUUCUCGAUUCGUGAAAAAUUUAUAUAACACUCCGGUACACCUGACACAGAGUGGAUGCACCGGAUUCGAGUGGGGGGAGGAGGAAGAGGAGAGUCCAAGGACUGAAAGCGGACUUUCGAGGUUCCCCGUGUUCAACCGAAUCAUUGUUUCCUGGUGUUUCGGACUCAUCGCGAUAACUCGCGCGCGUAGUCAUAGUCAUUCAGUCACUCGGAAGACGUCGAGUUCGCGACACGCGGUUCGCCGGUCUGAUAUGACAGCCGUGCCUGCCGUCGCGAUCCCUCGGCUCCUCUACCAUCGUCACUAUCUCCGGGACCGGCAUAGCUGUCAAACGACCGAACAGGUGUUACCGCGAGGCGGCCGGAGUGGGAUACGCGAUUUCUUGUGAUAGUACACGCGCGACCACGAAGAAGUGAGUCGUCGAUCGAUCGAUGUGACACGCACAUUCCUCGCGCAUUCCUCGUUACUUAACCGGAGGUGUGUACUCGUGGGAGUCAAUUACGUGAGGUGCCAGUGAGUGUCUCGGUGAGGUGGACCGAGAGAACGUGGCUGCUCCAGGAAGAUAAGAGGAUUUCGGAGUAAAUUUAGAUUUAUCAAGGAUGACGUGCCGCAAAGUCUCCUGUCCGCAACCGAUAUCCAAAUUUAGCGGCAUCCUCCUGCUGUCGCUGAUUCUUUUAACCGAGGUCACGUACUCGGCUGAUCUCGCGAUCGAGAUACCAGGCAACCUAAGCCAGGGUGGUUCCUGGUACCGUUUGGAUUACAGCCCACCCGUCGGCUCUCCACCGCCAAAUACCACUAUAGCCGCCACCGAGAUCGGCGAUGUCAUAAAGUUUAAGGACGGUUUGCCUGGGACUAGAUACGAGUAUUGGCUGUAUUACAGCAAUAGUACUCUUCACGACUGGCUGACGUGGACCGCCUCGAUUACGACACCACCCGAUCCGCCUUCAAACUUGACGGUAUCCGUGCGAAAUGGGAAAACCGCGAUCGUAUAUUGGUCGCCUCCGGCCCAAGGGAAUUAUUCGGGUUUCCGGUUGCGGACGCAGAGCUUCAGCGACACCGGAAAUCCCAAGACCAGCGUCAUCCCGGUUGACUCGGUGCCGUAUACACUCCGAGAUCUCACUCCCGGUGCCACGUAUUCGCUUCAGCUCUUCACCGUGUUGGACGCCAAAGAGAGCGUUGCUUACACCAGCCGGAACUUUACGACAAAGCCGAAUACUCCGGGAAAGUUUAUCGUCUGGUUCAGGAACGAAACGACGCUGCUGGUGCUAUGGCAGCCGCCUUAUCCUGCUGGCAUAUACACACAUUACAAAGUUAGUAUAGAUCCACCGGACGCCAUAGAAUCCAUACUCUAUGUAGAGAAGGAGGGCGAGCCCCCUGGUCCUGCACAGGCUGCUUUCAAAGGACUCGUUCCAGGCAGAGCAUACAACAUUUCCGUGCAAACCGUUUCCGAAGAUGAAACAUCUGCACCCACCACAGCUCAGUAUCGUACAGUGCCGUUGCGUCCUCUCAACGUGACCUUUGAUAAAUCUUCCGUAACAUCGACUUCCUUUCGUAUGUUUUGGAACCCGCCCAACGGAACUUCCGAGUUCGACAAGUAUCAAAUAUCGCUCGGUAGUAAUCGGAGGCUCACGCCUGUUACACGAAAUCGAGACGACGAGAACAGAUGGGAGUUCAAGGACUUGGAGCCUGGCAAAACGUAUCAAGUGGUCGUGAAAACAGUUUCCGGCAAGGUCACCAGUUGGCCGGCCAGCGGGGAUGUCACUCUGAAGCCACUACCUGUUCACGAUCUGAGAGCAGUGAUCGAUGAGAAAACUGGUAUGGUGGAGGUUUCCUGGAGUCCGGAGAAUUCCAGUACACAAGACAGUUACAAGUUACAAUACCAUGAGGUGGAAACGGCGAUUGGUGGUGAUAGUAACACUUUGACGACUGAUAAAACAAAGGUUACCCUGGAAGCUCUACUGCCAGGAAGAAAUUAUUCCAUAAUAGUGCAAGCGAUUAGCAAUAAAAUUGAGUCAAACGAAACCGUCCUGUAUCAAGCGACGCGUCCAGCCAGUCCUGUGAUCGAGGAUCUGAAGCCUAUUGAAAAGGGUUUGAACAUUUCUUGGAAGAGCGAUGUCAAUUCUAAGCAGGAGAAAUUCGAAGUAACCCACAACAGGAACGAUACCGGGGAAAGUGCGACCACUCUGACUACAGAGUCGCAUAUCGUCUUGGAAGAUCUUUAUCCAGGUGCGGCAUACGAGGUCAAAGUCUUCGCAAUUAGUCAUGGACUUCGAAGCGAGCCGCAUGAUUAUAUGCAAGCUGUCUUGCCUCACCCACCGAAGAAUCUCAGCAUCGAGAAAGUCACGAGCAACACUGUUGUCAUUCACUGGGAAGCUCCGACAGACUCAAUAUUUACCGAAUAUUCCAUCAGAUAUCGUACGGAAGAUGACCCUAGAUGGGUCAAACUUGAAAGCGUUCGUGUCACGGAAGCGGAAGUCGCGGACAUGACACCUGGAGAAAGAUAUACUAUACAAGUGAACACCGUCAGUUAUGGGGUCGAAAGUCUGUAUCCGUUGCAAGUGAAUCACACAGUCAGACCUAAUCCAGUUUUAAAUAUAACACCAAUCAUUGACUCUACCAACGUAACUCUCGAAUGGCCGCGACCGGAAGGUCGUAUCGAGACCUACGUUAUAAGAUGGUGGCCUGUGAAGAAUCCAGAGGACUUUAGAACGAAAAACGUCAGCGAGAGCAACGAUGUAUCUGAUAUCAGUUUCGAGGAGAAUUCUGUGCAAAUCGGAAAGGUCCUGGUGAGCGACCUAAUGCCUGGAGUACAAUACUUCUUCGUCGUCUACACAGUAUCUUACGAUCUAGUCAGCGACAUCAGUAAUUUAACCACCAGAACAAUGCCGCUGAUCCAGUCUGAGGUCGUCGUAGUGGUCGAUCGGGAUCAACCUGGAUCGUUGACGUUGCGAUACACGCCGACGCCGAUACAGUCUUCGAGGUUCGAUCUCUACCGAUUCAGGAUUAGCGAUGACAAUAAUACCACGAAAGAGCGUAUGGUGGACGACACUGACACUAAGGUUACAUUUGGUGGAUUAACACCUGGCAAAUUGUAUAACGUGACCGUUUGGACUGUAAGCGAUAAUGUCGAGAGCAGACCUCUCAUCCGGCAAGACCGACUCUAUCCCGAACCGAUCACUGCGAUCCAUGCGAUUGAUGUGAAUGAUACGAGGAUCACGUUGACCUGGGACAUCCCGCAUGGAGAGUUUGACACUUUUGAAGUACAAUACAUAAACACAGAAGAAAACUACAUCCAAAAUAUAACCUCGGUCAACAUGAUCACCAUCUUCGAUUUGAAGCCACAUAGAAAUUAUACGUUCACGCUUGUUGUACGUUCGGGCACAGAAUCCUCCAACUUGAGAGUCUCGAAUCCGCUCAGCGCCAGCUUCACCACCAGCGAGUCUUAUCCAGGAAAGGUGGAGAAGUUCCAUCCUAUUGACAUUCAACCGAGCGACAUCAGCUUCGUCUGGUCUCUACCCAGUCAGGAACAAAAUGGCAUUAUUAGGAAAUUCAGCAUCACUUACGGUUUAGAAAGUUCAACCCAUACUCAGACACAGGACUUUAGACCGAAUGAAUUCCGCGGGGUCCUCAAGACCCUCAUACCUGGUAAGACAUACGUCUUCCGGAUUCAAGCGGAGACGAAGAUCGGUUUUGGUCCUGAGGCGAUCUGGAAGCAGAAGAUGCCGAUUCUGGCACCGCCGAAGCCGUCCACGCAGGUGGUGCCUACCGAGGUUUGCAGAAGCAGCACCACGAUACAAAUUAGGUUCAGGAAGAAUUACUUCAGCGAGCAAAACGGGGCAGUCACAUCGUACAGCAUUAUAGUUGCCGAAGACGAUAGCAAAAACGCUUCUGGACUGGAGAUGCCCAGUUGGAGGGACGUUCAGGCCUACAGCAUUUGGCCACCGUAUCAGGUAAUGGAGCCGUAUUAUCCUUUCAAAAACGGAUCUGUGGAGGACUUUACAAUCGGUUCUGAAAAUUGCGACAACAAAGUCGGAUACUGCAAUGGACCAUUGAAAUCAGGAUCCACUUAUCGGGUGAAAGUGCGUGCGUUUACAGCACCAGACAAAUUUACAGACACCAGCUACAGCUUCCCCAUCCAAACAGAUAAGGACAACACGGCCAUCAUAGUCGGUGUUACCGUCGCCAUAGCGAUGCUGCUGUUUCUAUUAGGCAUCGGCCUGUUUAUGCGAAGGAGAAGGAGCCAGGGUCGCAAGACGACUGAAACCAGAGCAACCGACAACCUGUCAUUGCCGGACAGCGUCAUUGAGACUAGCCGGCCUAUUAAAGUCGAAGAUUUUGCCGAGCAUUAUCGUACAAUGUCGGCGGAUUCCGACUUUCGAUUCUCGGAAGAGUUUGAAGAACUGAAACACGUUGGAAGAGAUCAACCUUGCACAGCGGCUGAUUUGCCCUGUAACAGGCCAAAAAAUCGCUUUACAAAUAUUCUUCCGUACGAUCACAGUAGAUUCAAGCUUCAGCCUGUCGAUGAUGAAGAGGGUUCCGAUUACAUCAACGCCAAUUAUGUUCCGGGUCAUAAUUCGCCGAGAGAAUUUAUUGUGACCCAAGGACCUUUGCAUUCGACUCGCGACGAUUUCUGGCGAAUGGUGUGGGAGAGCAAUAGCAGAGCUAUCGUGAUGCUGACGAGAUGCAUCGAGAAGGGCAGAGAAAAAUGCGAUCAUUACUGGCCGGUGGACACUUUGCCGGUAUAUUAUGGAGACAUUUGUGUGACGAUAUUAAACGAGACGCACUAUCCGGAUUGGAGCAUCACGGAGUUUAUGUUAUGCAGAGGUGACGUAAAGAGAGUGAUACAGCACUUUCACUUUACCACCUGGCCGGAUUUCGGCGUUCCAAGUCCACCUCAGACUCUGGCGAGGUUCGUGCGAGCUUUCAGGGAACGUGUCAGGCCCGAUCAGAGGCCCAUAGUUGUUCAUUGCAGUGCCGGAGUAGGUCGUAGCGGCACCUUUAUCACCCUUGACAGAAUAUUGCAACAGAUUCUCGUAUCAAAGUACGUUGACAUCUUCGGAAUCGUCUGGGCGAUGAGGAAGGAGCGAGUCUGGAUGGUCCAGACGGAGCAGCAGUACAUCUGCAUCCAUCAGUGUCUUCUAGCUGUUUUGGAGGGACAGGAUACAACUGGACCGCCGCGAGAGAUUCAUGACAAUCAGGGAUUCGAAGGCAAAAAUCGAAGCUCGGUCGAAAACACUAAGAGUCCUGCCGAGGAUGAGAAGGAGAGGUGACCUUCAAACAGCGACUCCUGCGUCGACGAUGACGAAGGGAUAGCCGAGUCAGGAAUGUGAUGGUUCGAUUACUGGUUAGAAGUAAUAAUUAAUGGCGACAAGAACGGAAGAUCUCGUUUUCGAAAGACGCUUGAAUCUUCAGGAUUCUUCAAGCUGAUUCGGACAGGAGAACCCAUAGAGAAAUGAAUGAAAAUUCGAUUGAAAAACAAAGGGUAAAUAGCGUGAGAAUGAUCGAUCGAAUUAAUAAAUUGUCGUAUACGAAACAUAAAAAUUUCUCGGAAGAAUAUCGAAUAGCGUGUUGAGCAACAAGUGUGCGAGUACGUCCACACUUGUCUUUAUUCUUCUACCGUCUACAUAUCGAAGGGAAGCGUGUUCAAUUUCGUGAUACGCGUAGAAUAGUCUCACGAUUAAGAUUAAUUAUGUCGCACAAAGAAAGGAGGGAUGCCAGUAGGACAAUAACAAAUGGGAAACACAGUGUCAAAAAUGAAUAUGCUGCCAAGAAGUGGGAUUACGAAUCAAAUUGCGUGCGCGACGUUUCGCGCAACGACCGGAGAUUACGUCUUUAUACACAUAUAUACCUAUAAAAACUCAUAUACAUAUCUAUAGAUAU